AUGAUGUCAGGAACCCUAGAACAGGGUUUUGUGGGUUUUAAACCUAGCCAGACUGAAAAGUCUUGUAAGAAAAUCCCUGAAGAAAAUGAUUAUGUGUCUGUGUGUAGUCGUAGUAAUAAAUGUUCGACAAACGAUGUAUAUAACGCUGGCCCGGAUGUAAAUGUAAAUGUAAAUGAUGUAAAAUUAGCUGGGAUAUUAGGUGAAGGGAGCAAAAGAGAAUCUACGGUUAGUGAUGGUGUUGCUGGAAAUAAUGAGCUCAAUAAAGGGUGUGGCUCGGUUAUUUUUCCCGAUCAUAAGAUGUCAGUUUUAGCGAGUUUCGAUGAAAGAAUCAAUAAAGACGUGCCAAAUGUGGGUUUUCAAGUUGGUAAGUUUGAGGAAUGUGUCAUAAAAAGCGAUGAUGUGUCUCUUUGUCCCGAGCCCAGUUCGCCCACGGAUAUAGAAUUUUCCGGAGAAGGUAUUAACUUGUUCGUGGAAGUUUCUGGCCCAUUGGAUGUGAAGGAGGAAGUUAAAAAAGAUAGUUUGCUCGAAAAAAAUGGAGAAAACACUAAUAAAAAUUUAAUUUUCAAGAAUGAAAGGGCAAACGAAUGCACGUUUGCUGUGGGGGACUUGGUUUGGGCUAAAACCCAAACCCCACUUUGGUGGCCCGGGAUAAUAUCCGACCCGUCAAUAAACAAAGCGAAAUCCGAUAAAAAAGGUGCCUUCCUCCUCGUCAAAUACUUUGGGCAUGCAAAUCUCAUCUGGUGCAGCAAUUCGGACCUGAAGCCAUUUAUCGAGUAUUACGAACAGCUGUCCAGGCAGAACACUUCUAGAAGCUUCCGUGGCUCGGUCGAGAAGGCUUUGUCUGUGUUCGGUCAACGUGUGAAGUCAAAGAUGACAUGCCCUUGCUUUUCGAAAGAAAAUUUUACACCAAUGGAUACAAAAGGUAAAAAAAUCGAUGAUGAUGUUCUGUCCUUGUCUUGUUUUGAUCCUGCAUCAUUUUUGAAGUGUGUCCGAAAAUUUGCCAGCUCGAGUUGUUCACCUGAUAAAAUCGAGUUGACGGUGGUGAAAAAUCGGCUCUCAUCGUUUUACCUUUCAUCAGGCCAUCGUGAGCUUCCUAUGCAGGUAGUCUGUGCUCGGGACGUGUCGUUGGAUGAAGUCAAAGUUGAAGGCUGUAAUUAUAGUUAUGGAGGCCGUGAAAAAUCAUCGAGGGUUAAAAAGAAGAGAAUCCCGAGCGAUUAUGAUGACCUUGCUUCUGCGGAUAAACUAUCUUCUUCCAGCUCUCAUAGGGAAAGGAAAAAGAACAAGUUUUUAUCCUAUCCUUUUGUGAAAGUGCAUCAUGUUGUGAGUAAAUCAGACGAUAUUAAUGCUCCUUCUUCCGAACUGUUAGCCGAACUCCGCUCGACUGUUUGCGAUCCGCUUAAUCUCAAAGGAAGCAAAUAUUCUGAUUCGUUCGAGAGGUUUUACUAUAGUUUUCGGUGGUAUGCUUUUCUGAAUGGUGAUAUAGCCGAUAAGGAGGAGGGUCGGGUCGAUCAAGAAACGAAACACGAGAAAACCCGCCUCAAGAUUUCUUGCAAGGAAACUAAACGGCAGAAGAAGAAGAAAGGAACUAAGUCGGUGAAGAAAAAAGAAUCCGAAAUUUCAUGUCCGAAUGUCGAUUCGGUCAGCAAAUUACCAAACAUUGCUGAAUCUUUCAUAGGUCAAGUGGGGCCCGCUGCUAUAAAUAAGGAGACAUGUCAGCCGGCCGAGAUCGAGAAAAUUUCACCACAAAUGGAGCUCGGAAAUGGAAAUGGAAAUGGAAAUGGAAAGGGCGUUACUAAUAAAAUGUCCGAUUUUUUCGAUUGGGUAGCCCCUGAUAUCGAUGGGGACUCACAAUUACAAACUGAGCCCCCUGAAAUCAUCGACAGCUCAACGUCCGAUGGGACACAUCAGCAGCAAAAACGGGCCCGAAAGGAAGAUCCGGGUGGCAGCCUCAUCUUGAAAUUCGCGCCGGGGGGUUCCGGGUUGCCGUCUAUAGAAACACUGGUCGGAAAAUUUUCAAGAUACGGGCUCGUGAAGGUGUCGGAGAUCCAGGCCCUGAACUCGACCACCAUCGAAAUCCCGUACGAGAGGACUUCCGAUCUGUGUUUUGCUCACCGGAGCCUGGAGAGUGACCGGCCUUUUGGGCCGGAUCUUGCUACUCUGGAGAAAAUGGGAGAUAAAAUCCCGAGUGAUGCAAAAGCCAAGCUGGAAAACGAGAUUCGGGCUUUUCUUGGCAAGAUUGGGAACAUAACCGGAGGCUCGUCAUCGGCUUGA